AGCAAUGAGUCAAUUGUCUAAAUAAAAAUUGUUGAGUGGAAAGGUUUUAUGGAAUUAAUUUUAUAACGGUAUUAAAAUCGUAAAAUUUAAAACAUAAUUCAGAAAUGGCUGAUCCUAAAUAUGCUGAUUUGCCUGGGAUAGCCCAGGAUGAACCUGAUGUUUACGAAACUAGCGAUCUACCAGAGUCCGAACAAGCAGAUAAUUUUUACGAAACUGAAAAUGAUCCAGUGGAAAGGAUUCAUUUAUCUUCAGCGGAGGCGUACAGUAAGUUUAAAGGGAAAUUCUUAAAUGCCACCAACGUGGAUUUCUCUGAAAGGGUCAGUAAACACAUAAGAACAGGUUACGAUGCUACAAGUGGCAACUGGGAUUUGGCUGGACAGGGUCAACAAGAGACUCCUAUACAAAAGUAUCAGAGACUUCAGUGUGAGAUGAAAGAACUUUUGGAGGAAGUAAAUAACUUAAGCAAAGAUAAAAGUGAUGCCACUCAAGAUUGUUUAGUACCGACAGAACAAGUAGAGCAAUCACUAAAAUUGUUAGCUGAUCUGAAAUUAGAGGAAUCUCUAGGAGAAGAAAUAGUAUCUAAAAUAACAGAUCCCGAAGGAGCACAAAUUAAAAAAUUAUUAGCCCAAUUGGAGCAGUUUAAGCAAAACAUCAGUGGAAAAGAAGGAACUAAACCCAAAAACAUUGAUGAUGGUAUAGUUUAUCAAUUUAAAUAUAGACCAGAACAUGCAAAAUUACAGCAGACUGCUAGGAUAUCUGAGCUGGAGAGCAGGUUACAUAGAUUGGAGUCUGUUCUUGGCUCUUCUAGUGAUAAAUUGUCCCGUCUCACAGUUGCUACUAAUAAAGAAAGCUUAUUAGAAGCAGCACAAUAUUUAAGUGCUACUGCCAGCCUCUUGGAUUCUUCUCAGUUGGAUCAUAUAGAAGGAAGAUUAUCAGCUUUAGCUCAGAAGUUAGAGUCAAUUAGUCAGAAAAAGAAGGAAAUACAGCAGGAUGAAGAAAAGGACAAAAUGAUACUGGAAUUAUACGAGCUUGUAAAGGAUAGUGAAAAUAUUACUAAAUUACUACCCCAAACAAUUCAAAGAUUAAAAGCCCUCGAAGCCUUACACAAUAAAGCAACCGAUUUUACAAAAACACUGGCACAAAUCGAAGUAAUCCAGUCAGAAAUACAAGGCAACGUGCAAAACAAUAAAACUCUGUUACAAGGUGUUCAAGAAAGUUUUGCCAUAAAUCUAAAUGAGAUCAAUCAAACUGUUAUUAGUUUAGAUUCCAGAAUCAAAGCUUUGAAGAAAAAGUAAAUACGCUUAAAUCCUCUAUUUUAUUAAUUAAACUUUAGUAUUUAAUUGAAUUUUUAUUUAUUAAUUAUAUUAAAAUGCACAUUUAUAAAAUGUUUAACAAAUAUGUGUUAACACUUUUCAUAUUGUGAUUCUUUUUCUAUGCUUACAAAAUAAAGUAUGACCUGCAAUAAAAAUACAGAGAAUUA